UGCUGUCCCUUGAACACCGACUCUGGCCAAACCAGAAGCAAAAUAACCCUGCUAAUAUCAAUGAUAUGCCAUUUUCAGUCUAUAACAUUUUGUUAUGCUGCGCAGCAGGAAAGUUGGAGCGCAUCCUGCUCUCAGGCUAGAUAACACUCGCACUUCCCACUAGUGAACGAGAAGGUGGGAAAUCAAGUGGUGAGAAGACAAAAAGGACACACAGCUCCUCUACAGUGGACACAGGGCAUUUUCCACCUGGCACAUUUCUUAAUGGAACAAAUGUGGAUUCAUCAGCAGCGGCCAAGCCGGGCAUGGCGUUAAGCAGACUCCUGCUGCUCUGGAUGGUAGCCUCUGAGGUGUGGGAUGCUGAGACCAAACCCAUAGAUUUUGUGUGUAAUAAAAGUGCCAGGAGGGCUAUGAAUAUUGUGGCAGAGAUGGAGAGUGCACUGUCUCCCAUCAGUCUGUCUCCCUGUAGUCCACCUAUUUGUCCAGCGUCUGUCUCCUGUCUCUUCCAUGUCUCCUCCCUUGCAGAGUGGCUGCAAUGGCUCGACAACCCUCUCCACACCUCUUCAGCUACCCUGUACCGAGCUUCAUGUAGCAUCUUGGAAAAACAAAUCAGUAUGUUGGCACAUCACCAGGAGAAGAGAGGAGACAUAGUUGCAUCCUUGAGGCUUCUUAUUGAAGGUGUGAAAGUUGUGAUGGGCCCAAGCCAGCUAGGAUGUGUGGCUUCGCUACUGCAGAGGAUGGAGAACAACAUCAACAACUACCUGCUCAUUCUCACACACCUUCAACUCAAUCAGGGGCCAGUGGUGAGUCCAGCACUGACCUGUGUUCCUCGAAGCACCCAGAGUCUGAGCAGAGUCCUGCUAAACUACAACCAACUGAUCUCAGGCAAACUGGAGUGGUUUAUGGUUGACCUGGAAGACAGAUGCAUUUCCCAGUGACGCAAAAACAAUGUUCUUCACAACGGUCAACAAAAGAAGAAGAAUAAAAAUCCACCAUAGCAAAGCAGCUGGAGCAAUCUGGAUUUUCUCCUCAUGUUGCUGCCUUUCUCAAAAUAUGUAAAAAGUCUGCUUUUGUGUAGUGUGAUGUGUAGACUUAAAAAGUAGAAAUGCACCCUUCUCUACUGGUCAUUAAGAGGAACUGCAUUUGGAGAGGUAGAGGAAAAUGAAAGGCAGGAAUGUUUCUGCAAAUGAUGAGCACCAUGGACAAAUCAAUGUAUGAUAGGAAGGAUGUUUUGUGUAUCAUUCUACAUAGAGAUGCUUUAAAUUUGAUUGCAGGCCUAGAACCAGUACAAGCCUAUAAUCUGCCAAAAGGCAGGUAUAUUUUCUUUAGCAUACAGGCAGCUUAUGUGCAAGUCUCCACUAGAUGGAAAAUUAUUAAAAUGCAAAUGAUUGUUUAAUAUCAGAGGCUGUCCAGCUUGACUGCCUGACCAGAACCAAAAAGUCAACUUGUUGUCUGGAUUCAUGUUUUGGUGCCAGAUUUGUUUAGUACCUCAAUAAGUGAUAGGAAGGUCUUGCAAAGAGGCUGAAAACUCACAGCCCAUAGCCCUAAAAUUGUUUUAUUCUUUGUUUAUUUUAUGUAUUAAUAUUAUGCAUAUAGGGCUAUACAGUCACAUUUUCUGAAUUUAGAUAAUAAUCAUAGAGAUACCUAUCAAAGACACUUAUUGAAGACUAACGGAGACUGGAAAGUGUUGAUAUAUACCUUUCUAGUAUGAAUUUGGUGAGCAGAUUUUGUUUAUUCUCAUUGCACAUUUAGAUCCAAUCCCUGUUUACAUUUUUUUUAAAGGCUAUUGCUGUAGAUGUGUGCAUGUUUCUAUGUAUUACUUUUUUAAAAAAUUCCAUCUUGGGUGUCUGUGAAUUUCUGUAUGUACAUACCCAGAUUUUUCAUUUACAGUAAGAAGACAUUUUGGCAAGGCUUUAUAUUGAUACAAAGCUGUUUAGGAUACAAGACCUUUGAAAUAUAAUAUGAAAUAAACUCUGAUUUCAUCCA